AUGCAAGGAUCGUAUCUAUCUGGGCAAGAGGACCAACUCAUACCGGAGCGAUUGAUACCUAGGUCAAAUUCAACUUCGAAUUUAUUUGCAUUAUCUAGUAGAUUCUCUAAGCUCAAUGUUAGAAGUGAUACUGAUCAUAAUUAUUUGGGUCCAAAUAAAAAGAGACACAUAUAUGACGGUGAAAUGAACCAUAAAUCUAUUUUUAGGCCCAGUAAUUUUCCUGUGAGGUCCUCUUCAAUGACAGCCGCCCAGCAGAGAAGGAAAACUGCGCUGUUUACAGUUAGAGAAAGAAACUCAUAUCAUGAGGGACUUAAUGUUAAUUAUAAUUUUGAAAGUCAGUGCCAGAAUCCGCAGAAUACCGUGAGAGUAUACAAAAAAUUAACACCUUAUCAAAUCCAACGUUCUAAAAUGAAAACGAGUUUCCAAUUUCCCAAUGGCGAAAUGUACAAACCAAAGGCUGAUGGAAAAGGCACUCAUGGUUUGAAAAAGACAAGCAUGAAUUCAAGAAACUCUUUUUCAUUUAAUUUUGGUGAGAAGGAAGAUAUAAAUGCAUCAAAAGACCCCUCUGCUUUUUACAACCCAGUGCCUAUUUCACCAAUUUCUAACACAGAUAGCACUAACGUUGUUAAUAGCUUAGAGGUGAACUGUUCGCUUUCCCCAACAACAAAGAGUUUUGUUUCGACAACUUCUCCAACAUCUACUGUUAACACCCUGACCAGCUUGACAGAAAGUCGCACGGAUGAUGAUGACAAUUAUGAAAAUAGAACAGUCACUAUCUCAUAUUGUUUCCAAAAUAUGGUAAACAAAAACCAUAGUGACCAUACAGAAAAGUUGGGUCAAUUGAGUGAGGAAAAGAUAAAGCCACUUAAAAAAUCAAGCAAACCUGACAGAAAAAAAGGGCCCCAUUUGAGCAAUGACAAAAAUGAAAGUAAAAAGUUGUCGUCGAGAUUAAAUUUGGGUUUUGUUUUGAAAAAACUCUGGUCUAGUUCUGGAAAUUUAAAUACAAAAAAUAGCAAAAAAUAUAUGAAAAGAAGAAAGAUUCCUGUGGAUGACAUUGUUACCCAUUCUGACAAUAAUUCCGACAUGGAGAAUGAUUUUGUAUUGAUGAAUGCAAACCUGGAUGGCAUCGAAAUUGAUGACGAUGAAACUCUGAUGGAUACAGAUUCAAUAUUUGAUGAUUUAUUAUCCAGGGAAGAUAAUAAAUAUGAUUCCAGGCGGAAACAUUUAGAAAUACGACAGAAACUCCAUGAGACCCUGCCAAACCGCUAUGACGAGACCUCCUGUCGAGAUAACGAAAAAGCAACUGUCCACGAUGCAUUGAUCGACGAGACCAUAAUUGAAGACUUUUCAAAGCUCGGUGAAUAUAUAAUUGACACAAGAAACCAACCACCACCGAGGUCUUCCAAGAGGCCUUCUUUGGACGACAAUGAAUCUGCGCGACAUUUUUACAACUUAUCGACCGAGUUGCGACAGUCUUCGUCCAGCCCGAUGAGCUUACCGAAUUAUGUUGGGACCGACAUGGUAAAUAGACUCAAAAACGAUUGGGAUUAUAUUAGAUUCUACGAUUGGAGUAAUUUACCGCCAAAUGUCUCUUUCAGCAAUGUCGGAACAGCUUCAAAACCAGCUAAAAAGAGUGUCCGGUUCGCACAAGAAGUUUGUUUGGCAAGCACUUGGUCAUCGACUACAUAUGAGAGGGCCAAUCCAGAAUUUAUUAUGAACCGCCAUAGAUUACUGUGGAUGAUGAAAGUAAACCCAAGUAUGAAUAGCACCAUGAAUGAGAUUAAACUUGAACUAAAUUCUUACAAAGAACAUGAGAUGUUUGUUCAUGAAAACAGCAAAUGCUUCACACAUUAUCUAACUUGA